UGCUAACCUAUAUCUUAAUGUAGAAUAUGAAAAGAUUAAUUGCUACUAUCAAGAUCUACCACAUGACAUUACUUGAUCAUGAUACAUACAUGAAUAAUUUUGGUGGAAAGUGUGUUACAAGUAGAAAUGUGUGCUUCCUAUAAUGGUGAAAUUAUGUGAACGAGAUAAAUUGUGGUCUGUGCUAUGCAGUGAUUUGGAAGUUGGACAAAGUCAUUGGAAGCUUCUACCUGAGGUGCAUAGCUGUGGUUAACGAGAAAUUUGCUUAUUCUACUAGAUAAUUAUAUUAGAAAUUUUUUGGUAAACAAACAUUUAUUCAAUUGGAAUUUCCAAUGACAUUAUGUCGAGUAUGAUCUCAAGUCGUACAUUCAAACGGAUCGAUAUAGCUUUGAGUCAUUCUGAAAUGCUUAUUUGAGAAACAACCGUCAAUGCAAAUUUAAUCUUCUUAUGCUAGGCUUUGAAACUGAAUUGUCUCAACUUUGUAGCUUCUACUAGGAAAUUGAGAGAUAUGCAUGUUAAACUUAAUUCAACUGUUUCUAAGCUAUAUUACAAUAUCCAUUAUUUUAACAAGCUAUUUAUUUAUCAUUACCAUCAUCAGCUGAUAACAUUGACUUAGCCUAUAUUUGGUGAAAUAGUAAUAUCUCUAUGAAUUUAUCACUUUGAUGAUAACAAAUAUUCCAUCAAAGUCUAUUCAUUUCAUGGAAUUAUUUUCAUCAUUUUCUUCAAUCUGCAUGCAAGGUUCAGAGUGCACAAAGUUGGGUGAUUUACUGAUAGAAACAGUGGGCCAAGAGAAGAAAAUCAACAAGAGAACCGAAACAGAAGAUUUAGUAUGGUAGCAGAGGGUAAGGCCGUCAGAUUGUAAGAGAAAAUGCGACGAGGCGUAAUGCACAAGUAUCGCCACAGAAAAUUCAUUCUAUUUGGAGGUAAAAAGGAAAAUGUGGAUAUUUUACAAUACACCAAGAUAGACUAGUUUGCACGCAAGAGCAAACAGAAAUAAGUAUCUGCCUUUUUUUAAAUAUCUACCUCUUUUAUAUAUACUUGAAUUUUAUCCUUUUUUAUACCAACUAUUUAUUUUCUUCCUCAGCUUUAUCAAGGAUAUUCUGCAAUUUCUUUUUUAGAAAAAAAAUAUUUAUUUGAUAUCAAUUGUGAGGAGGUCUACUAGCAUACUGACCGGAAAUGUACGGUACAUUACCACACAAUUAAUACAUUAGAGUGUCAAAUGCAGGUUAACAUUAUUGAAGAAAAUACUUGGGAUCUAUGUGUACUUGUUACAUACAUACAUCUAUAUCUACAUCUACUUGGAUGAGACGGCCAGUGGUACGUGAUUGGACAAAUAGGACGAAAAAAAAUUCAGUCUGUUGAAAAUAAACGAUGAGUUAGAUAAAGACUGAAGAAAAAGGAAGAGCUAACGGCAAAUGGUUGGUGGUGAAGUAUUACCUUGGUUCGUGCUUAUGAAUCAAAUUGAAUACUAAUGCAAACGCUCAUAGAUAGAAAUGUUUGGGAACAGAAUACACUAAUACUGUUUAACAUGUACGUAAAUAUAGAACAUUUCUGACUGUUCUCUUUGGUGUAGAGUGCGCGAGGUGGCACGUUUUGCUCUUUGUUUGAAGCUGCAGCCUUCGUCAGUGUCGCUCACUCUCACCCAUUUUAUCCAGUUUUCCCGCGGGCAGUUAGUUCAAGUACGGGUGUGAUACUGGAUAUACAAUAAGAGUAUUAUAUAUAGAUAUAAUUUCUAAUGUCCUACUGUAUAAGGGCGACAGAAAGUGGUGAUGGUAGUAGUAGAGUGUCGUGGACCCAUUGGGGAAAUGGAAGAGAAAAGAGAUGAGCUUGGAGUUGAGAAAAGUGGGGCGGUUUGUGAAACCGCCCGCGGUACUCUCUGAACUGAGGGGUGGUGAUAGUAGCGGGAGAGCCAAGAGAAAAGAGCGACGUGAAAGAGUGAAGAGGGAAAAGGAGAACACUAGAGAUGGAACUGCACCAGCUGACGAGUCACCCUUAUUCGCUUCGCCCCCAGUCAGUCGAUACACGUUAGACGGAAGCAACGUUGCCUCUCUCGUCUAUAUUUUCUUUCUUCUCUUAACGGCUCACGCUUCCCCUUCUACUUCUUCAUAUACAGUAGCUUAUUUUUACAACAUCCCCUCUGACUUACUACCCAUCAUGACAUAUCGUCAGCCACGCACUUGUCCUCAUACUACAGUCACUACAUAGUUUCAAUCCUGUAUUCCCACCCACUUAUUCUUCUUUCUUUUACAUUCUUGACCCUCCUUUUUGGCUUUACUUCUUCUAGCCUACAUCACAUUGCAAGCAACCGCGUGCUGUACAGCCACUAAAUUCACAUUUUUAUUGUGGGCGUUGUCUAGAGUAUUGGGUUACUAUUAUUACAUUAAAUAUGUUUUGAAUUUCAAGAUACCAUAUAAUGAAGGGGAAAAAAAAUAAAGGACGAGAAACUUCACUCUUCACAAACAUUGAAGAGAAAUUUUAGUAAAUAUUACCUUUAGGAAACUCAAAAUAGAUGAAAAAAAAAAUAGUAGCAUUCAAAUUAAGCGGGCUCUUCGCAAGAAAAGGUCAGAGAUUCAAGUCUUGGUUUAAGCUGUGUGAAGUGCCAACUAUAUAACAAGAACUGGAAGCAAUAAGAGUGAAUAUCUACAAGAUACGUGAAUAGACUAUUUUACUGAAGGUGUGAUAGACGAGGUAAUAGGUAUUAUGGAUAGAAGAGAGAGGACAGGAACGUGAUACGAAGGUUGACAUUUUUGAAAUAAAAGAUGCCGGUGGGUGAUGGUGAUGGAGGCGAUGAAGACACCGAUUUCACGAAGAAGCAGUAGUAUUUGUAAAUUUCAUCAUCAUCGUCGUACUUCUGUUCUCUCUUCAAAAUCUACUGAUCCAACCCUUCAAAUACAGGAUAUCAACUGUCAGGUGGCACAGUUCCGGGAUCUGCUGAUUAACAUCGGACAGCCUCGGGAUGGACCUGAAUUACGGGAACGUGUUCGUAAGCUACGUCGGAACUGUGUAGAGGCUUGCAAACAUACUUCCCAGUUGGUAUUGCCACAGAUGCGUAGUGCAAUCGACCUUGGCAUACCAGCAGACAGUCCGAAUUUGGUUCUUCUUUUCUUUGUAGCCCAGUUGUUUCUGAGAGAGCUUCACAAGUGUAAGAAUCUUGUACGUAUUGUACCCAUGGAUAUGUCUGAUUAUUACGCAAGUAAAUCUGGACCAUCAAACAUUGGUAAUGUGAUAUCAUCAAUUUUACUAUGUAAACCAAUAACACCGAAUUUUAACGAAGAAGAACUCUGUAGUAUACGUAAAGAUUCAUCAGAAAUAAGCGCACUUGUAGCUGAACUUCAAGAAUUUAUGCCUCAAUCAGAAGCUGAUAUAGAGAAAUCAAUUGCAUUGCAAGACGGAUGUGCUGGUACAAUUCGUACUAAUGGGGCCCGGAAGGGCAACAGGUGGGACAAUAGAAGUGGAAAUCCGAAUUAUUUUGGUGGCAGCUUUAAUUUUCUCUGUUGUACCUCAAGGCCUAACUAUGUGUAAGCCUGUGAAGGUACCAUUUUCACCCAUCAGGACGAAAUAUAUUAUAAAAGAGACAAAACAUUGUAGAUAUUUAGAAGUCAAGUCUUGUUGAUAAAAUAUGUAUACAUUUAUAUGUAUUAUACGCAUAUAUAUAUGUAGAUAUUUUAUUGAAGAAUUUUAUCUCAUUAAUUAGUUUUAAAUAAGAAAAAUUUUAAUGUGGAUAGAUGGAUAGAUAAAAAGAUCUAUAUAUUUCUUGAAAGAAUUGUUAAAAAUAUUUAUUAAGUAGAGAAAGAAAAAUAUUUGAAAAGUAUAGUGUAUGACUGCCAGAGUUUUAGUCAGCGCCUGAAAAGUGACAGAAUUGUCGACGAAAGUACGACUGAUAAAAUAUGUAUUUAAAAAGAAAGGAGUCAUAUAAAUCAUGCACGAGAGCUUUUCUUUAUCAGGGAAAAUGAAUUCUCUGUGGCCCAAUGGACGUACCGACGACUAUUCAAAAACUCAAAGUAGUGAUGUAGAAUAAUAUAGCGAAUAUAAAAACUUAAAAGUGCGAUAACAAAAAGGACAUAAUGAUAAUAAUGAAGAAGAAAUAAGUUCAUAUUAUAAUUGAAUCGCAAUCGAUCAUAAAGCAAUUGGGAGGCACAGUGUGCCAGUGUGAUAGAGAUCUUAUUUUAUAUUUAUGAGACAAGUCAUAACUUAUUCUGUCAAGUAUUAACAAAAUUUUUUAAUAAAUUCAUUUAACAAUUCAUUUGUUAACAUUCAUUCAAAAUUAUUUACUUCAUUAUGCAAUAAAUAUUUUACCUUAAUAAAUAAUAUUUCAACAGGAGAGAUGUGACUUGUUUCGACGUUAACUUGGGUCCAAUUAUUUAUUCCUAUUUAUUUAUCUGAUGAUAUCUGCAGGUAUAGCAGUAUGUCUCGGAAUGAUGGAUUCUAUGAGGAAUAAAUUAAUUUAGAAAAAAAAUUAAACUACAUUAGGUAGCAUAUUAAAAUCUCCGAUGCGGGUAAUCGUAGAUUAGUACUUACAUAGUUUUGAACACUACACUAGAUAAAUAAUCAAAGGAAGAUGAUAAUCAAAGUCAAUAUUAUUAAUAUUAUUAUUCUUAUUGUAUUAGAGCAUAUCGAGAAUUCAACAACUCUCUUGAGUGGACCAACUUCUCUAAAUAAUGGAAAGAAUCAACUAUUAAAUAAUGUACAGUUUAUGAAAUUAUCAUCAAUUAAAUCAACCAAAAUAACAGAAUCAAAAAUUAAAUAGUUAUUAUACUUAGGUAUGCAUUAAUAUCACCAUAAAAUUAAACAGUUCUCAUAUGAUUAUAGUAGAAUAAGUGCUACCAAAUGUAAGAUUGUACUAUAUUUUCCAGCACAUCUUGCAUUAUAUAAUUAUGGAAACAAAAUUGCGAAUUUUAAUUAUUAUGAUUCAUUAAUGAAUAAAAAAAAAUACUUAUGUUGUAUGCACUAAAUACUAUAAUUAGUGAUAACAAACAAUUGAAGAUGUUUCGUCAACUCAUUAAAAUGACAGUGUCUAUGAGACAUAAUUAAAUAAUUCGAUUAAAAUAACAUCCCUAACAUAUAAAAAAUUUUCAUUUCAAAUUUACUAUAUAUAAUUGUAAAGAUCAAUUAUUUUCUUCUGAUGAAGUUCAUUUAUUCAGGAUAUGAUAAUGAUGCGUAAAUAAAAACGUAACAUGGUGUACUUUAAAAAAUAAAUUAUGUUUCUGUAAUAAAAAUCUUUUUUUCUUCAAUCCAUGAAAAAUAUAACCUGAAUAUUACACGUACUUGGACAGUAUGUAAAAAAUGGAUCAUUAUUUUGGGAAGCUCAUGAUACUCAUGGAUGAGAUGCACGGUAGCGCUUCGCAUGUUCGGUUUUUGUACUAAUCACUUUUGGAGUCAUCGGAAUAUUUCGGCUUCUGUGCUUGUACCGGCAGGUUAUAUUUGUCAAACCCAUCGAAUCACUUACAAAUUUAUAAUUAGGAGAAGUUUUGAUGACAUUAAUAUACAAAUAAAUUACUUGAACAUUCGAAUAAUGGCAGUUACAAGCGGAGUUUCAUUUAUACUUUCAUCCAUCAUCACAGUAAUUGUGUUCUCUGGAAUGCAAAUGUAUAGAAGCUGGCUAACAUCUUCUCAGCUACAUACAAUUUUGGGUGGUUACAUCGGUUCAUUAUUAUUUGUA